CGCAUCACGAAUCGAGGUUCAACAACAAACAGAGAUUAUCCGACUUCUUUGGAUGGCCUGCGAGGAUGGAAUUGGACAAGACUCAUUCGAUUCAUUGUACCGACUUGCAAUGAAAAGCUCAUCCAUCCGCAGAUUAUUUCUCGAGACUCCUGGAUUAAGAAACCUGGCUUAUCUUCCUGAAGUAAAAUUGGUCCUGAUGAUUGUAUCCCUUGGUCUGGCAGAGACAUUUGAUCGGCUUUGCAGUAUGGCAGUUGGGAAUGCAUUCUUCUGGACACGAAAUGGACACAUUGGAACAGCACCACUUGCUGUCAGCAAAGGAGACCUUGUUGCUCUCAUCCCCGGAGUUAGAGCCCCGAUGAUACUUCGCCAGAUAGACUCAAUUUCGUACCAAGUGAUUGGGCCCGCAUUCGUAUACGGGAUGAUGGAUGGAGAAAUGUGGACUGAUAAGGUAGGUGGACGUAAGCGAGAGGAGGAUAGUAGGGAACCUAGAGAUGACCUGAAAGAUAUUCAUUUGGUGUAAUCCUGAGUGGACUACCGCAGGCACGCAUGGGCUUUCCCAAUUUCCUAGUUGAAGGAAUACGAUUCCUGGGUGAGUAGUGAUUGCUGGAUGCCGAAGAGGGGAAGGUGUGUUGUGUUGACGAAACUGGUGUAGGAAUAGUAUUGACGUUAUGGACUGUUCUCCGUAUGGGGAGCAAAUUUGGGAC